AUGAUCGGUAUUGCUACACGUUCAGGCAUCGCUCUAGGGCUUAACUUAGAGAAAGUGAUCAUUGGACUCGAUGUGAAAUCAGGAGAGGCGCGAAAGAAGCUGUGGUGGUCUCUAUUUCGCUUGGAAAGCCUUCUUUCAGUCAUGACCGGGAGAGUCUCUUGCCUCGGAAAUGCCUCUAGCUCCGCAAACCCUCCGUUUCUUAACCCAAAUUUGGAUCUAACUGUUCCUGACAUGGAGCAGCCCAUCAACGAGCUCCAAUGGACAAUCAAUUUGGACGAGGGGAAGGCACUUCCACAAGUUUCAUUUCUCAAAUCUCUGGAGCCUACCCAUUCUCUCUAUUGCUUCUAUAUGGUGGAUCUGACUCUGAUCACUCAUACUAUUAUCAAUGAAAUAUACUCGCUGGAUCCUUCUCGAGUAGGCUGGAGCUGCAUUGAAAGCCGUAUAGCCUUCUACCACAAAAAGUUGGAUUUCUGGGCAUCAACCAUACAUCCAUCUUUCGGCAGCCAAUUCAUCUCACCCCCGAGAGAGCCAUCAUUCCAAGAUUCUCUUGCUUUGAAUUACUACAGCGCUCAUAUAUUGCUCAACCGGCCGAGUCUGAAAGGUCCUUCCUUCGAAAAGAAACAUGAUUCACCUGACUCUGGCAUACGAUUUGCCAAUAAAAUCGCAUUCGACUGCCUCCAGGCUUCCUUGGGAGCCAUUGCACAAUUGCCGGAUCGGCCAGAUUUGGCUUGGUGCUACCAAGUCCCACAAUGGUGGGAUUUACUACACAUUCUCACACAAUCAAUUACCAUCUUACUUCUCGAUAUCUCAGCAAGUCCAGCAUUAAUCAGACCCGAAGAAAUUCAGUUUCCCGCUGAAUCAGUUGUUUGGGCCGGGGUGACAAAAGGUCUUCACUGGCUGCAUUGCUUGGGAAAAUCAUCAGAGUCCGCUCAUCGAGCCUUCCUCUUCUUUAACACUUGUGUUAGGCGCAUGAAACCGAGUAAAACUCUUGAUCAGGAAUGGUUAUCCUUGGUGAUUGAUUCAUCUCGGGCCUCUUGCGGUCCAAAUUAUUCAGAAGACGAAAGCCUGGUAAUAAAUCUUCCUGAAGAUUCAAAGCGUCAUAUUUCAGCGAAUGGCGAAGAUGACAUCGUGUUCUUUCAGGACUUGUCGGGAGAACAGCGCAUACUGGUUCCAGGCGCUUUGGCGGUGCUUGAUACUGGUGAAAAGCUUGUCGAGCUGGUCUCAAACUCCGAUUUUGCUGUUGAAGAUAUUCUAUUCUCCCUGAUGGAUUGCCAUCCAUGA